AGUCGCCGGCUCCCGCCUGGAGCCGGUGGACCUGCCGCUAGGAGGCGCCCCGAGAGCGCCCGGCCCCCCUCCCGCUGCCAGAGGAGGGCUCGGAUCCACUCGGCCAGCCCCCGAGCCGGCGGGGGAGCGGGCUGCGAGCUGGCGGGGAGCAGAUCACAGGAGACGCGCGGCAGAGCGCCCGGGGCUGUCACCGCUGACGCGCUGCGCGCGCAGAGCCGGGAUGGGGCAUCUGGAGACCGCCAGUUACCACCCCCGCAGUUUUCCACCUGGGGUCCCCCUCCCAAGUGAGCAGCCGCCGGGGCGGACGGCGAUGUCUGCCGGGGCCCGCCGCAGUCCCCGGGGCAGCCGGGCGCAGCCGCUCGCGCCCCUCUGCUGCUUCUCGGCUGCGCUGGGGAUGCUGUGGUCCCCUGCCUCGCAGGCGUUCAACUUGGACGUGGACAAGCUCACGGUGUACAGCGGCCCAGAGGGCAGCUACUUCGGCUACGCGGUGGACUUCCACAUACCUGCGGCUCGCACAGCGAGUGUCUUGGUGGGAGCGCCCAAAGCCAACACCACCCAGCCAGACAUCGUGGAAGGGGGAGCCGUCUAUUACUGCCCUUGGCCCGCCGAGGGGUCUGCGCAGUGCAAGCAGAUACCGUUUGACAGCACCAACAACAGAAAGAUCAGAGUCAACGGAACCAAGGAACCCAUCGAGUUUAAAUCGAAUCAGUGGUUUGGAGCAACAGUGAAAGCUCACAGAGGGAAAGUGGUGGCGUGCGCCCCCUUGUAUCACUGGAGAAGUCUUAAAUCCACACCAGAAAAGGACCCAGUUGGCACUUGCUAUGUAGCAAUUCAGAAUUUCAGUGCAUAUGCUGAGUACUCUCCUUGUCGGAACAGUAAUGCUGAUCCUGAAGGCCAGGGCUACUGCCAAGCAGGAUUUAGCCUGGACUUUUAUAAGAAUGGAGACCUUAUAGUGGGAGGACCUGGAAGUUUUUAUUGGCAAGGUCAGGUGAUCACUGCCAGUAUUGCAGACAUCAUUGCAAAUUACUCCUUCAAGGAUAUUCUAAGGAAACUGACUCGAGAAAAACAGACGGAAGUGGCUCCAGCUUCCUAUGAUGACAGUUACCUGGGGUAUUCAGUUGCUGCUGGGGAAUUUACAGGAGACGCUCAGCAAGAAUUGGUUGCUGGAGUUCCAAGAGGAGCACAGAAUUUUGGAUAUGUUUCAAUCAUUAACUCUACAGAUAUGACUUCUAUUCAGAAUUUCACUGGUGAACAGAUGGCAUCUUACUUUGGAUAUACAGUUGCAAUAUCAGAUGUUAACAGUGAUGGAAUGGAUGACAUAUUGAUUGGGGCCCCUCUCUUUAUGGAACGUGAAUUCGAGAGUAACCCUAGAGAAGUGGGUCAAGUUUACCUGUAUAUGCAAGUGAGCGCUCUCCUCUUUGAAGACCCGCAGGUCCUCACGGGCACCGAGGUUUUCGGAAGGUUUGGUAGCGCGGUGGCACACCUAGGAGACCUGAACCAAGACGGAUACAAUGACGUUGCCAUCAGUGCACCCUUUGCAGGCCCAGAUCAGAGAGGCAAAGUGUUCAUUUACAACGGGAACCGGCACGGCUUAAACUCCAAGGCUUCCCAAAUUUUGCAAGGAAUGUGGGCCUCGAAGACUAUGCCUUCUGGCUUCGGCUUCACGUUGAGAGGAGACUCAGACAUAGACAAGAAUGAUUACCCAGAUCUAAUUGUGGGUGCAUUCGGAACAGGAAAAGUAGCUGUUUAUAGAGCAAGGCCAGUGGUGACGGUGGAUGCCCAGCUUCUGCUGCACCCGAUGAUUAUCAAUCUGGAAAAUAAAACUUGCCAGAUUCCAGAGUCUACGACCUCUGUGGCCUGCUUUUCCUUAGGAGUGUGUGCAUCUGUAGAAGGCCAGAGCAUUUCAAACACAAUAGGCCUGACUGCCGAGGUGCAGUUAGAUUCCCUGAAACAAAAAGGAGCCAUUAAACGCACACUCUUCCUUGAUAACCACCAGUCACACCUCACCUUCCCUCUCGUGAUCAGGGGGCAGAGAUCCCGCCAGUGCCAGGACUUCGUGGUCUACCUGCGAGAUGAAACUGAAUUCCGAGAUAAAUUAUCUCCAAUCAAUAUUAGUUUGAAUUACAGCCUGGAUGAAUCCACCUUUCAGGAAGGCCUGGAAGUGACACCAGUGUUGAACCACUACAGGGAAAAUGUUGUUACUGAACAGGCUCACAUCCUGGUGGACUGUGGAGAAGACAACAUGUGCAUUCCUGACUUGAAGCUGUCGGCUAGACCAGAUAAGCAUCAGGUCAUCAUUGGAGAUGAAAAUCACCUUAUGCUCAUAAUCAAUGCCAGAAACGAAGGAGAAGGAGCCUAUGAAGCCGAACUCUUUGUGCUGAUUCCAGAAGAGGCAGAUUAUGUGGGGAUUGAGCGCAGCAACAAGGGAUUCCGACCUCUGAGCUGUGAGUACAAGAUGGAAAAUGUAACCAGAAUGGUGGUGUGUGACCUUGGAAACCCGAUGGUGGCUGGAACAAAUUAUUCUCUGGGCCUCCGAUUUGCAGUUCCACGUCUUGAGAAAACAAACAUGAGCAUUAACUUUGAUCUCCAAAUCAGAAGUUCCAACAAGGACAACCCAGACAGCAACUUUGUGAGCCUGCAAAUCAACAUCACUGCUGUCGCUCAAGUAGAAAUCAGAGGAGUCUCCCACCCUCCGCAGAUCGUUCUGCCCAUUCACAACUGGGAACCAGAAGAGGAGCCCCGCAGAGAGGAGGGAGUUGGACCGUUGGUGGAACAUGUUUAUGAGCUGCACAAUAUUGGACCCAGUACCAUCAGUGACACCCUUCUGGAGGUGGGCUGGCCAUUCUCUGCCCGGGAUGAGUUUCUUCUUUAUAUUUUUCAUAUUCAAACUCUGGGACCUCUACGAUGUCAAACAAAACCAGAUAUCAACCCACAGGAUAUAAAGCCUGCUGCCCCCAGAGAGGACGCCCCUGAGCUGAGUGCCUUUUUACGAAACUCAACCAUCCCUCAUCUUGUCAGAAAGAGAAGUGCGCCUGUGCCGGAGCUGCCCAGACAGAGCCCAGUGAAAGUCCUGAAUUGUACAAAUAUCGAGUGCCUGCAGAUCUCCUGUGCGGUGGGGCGGCUGGACGGAGGAGAGAGCGCGGUCCUGAAGGUCCGGUCGCGGCUCUGGGCCCAGACGUUUCUCCAGAGAAAAAAUGAUCCCUAUUCUCUUGCAUCCCUGGUGUCCUUCAAAGUUAAGAAGAUGCCUUAUAAAGAUCAGCCAGCAAAACUCCCAGAGGGAAGCAUAGCAAUUAAGACGUCAGUUAUUUGGGCAACCCCAAAUGUUUCCUUCUCAAUCCCACUGUGGGUAAUAAUACUAGCAAUACUUCUUGGAUUAUUGGUCCUGGCCAUUUUGACCUUAGCUUUAUGGAAGUGUGGAUUCUUCGACAGAUCAAGACCCCCCCAGGAUGAAAUGAAUGACAGGGAACAACUGACAAAUGAGAAAACCCCUGGUGCGUGAAAAGGAAAACCCAGAGACCAAAAAACUCCAUCACUGGUCCUGUCCAAAGAAAAGAAGGAAUAUAAAGGUUAAACAAAGGUUUUCCUGUACCUGCCAGUGUCCUAAGAAACGGAAGGGCCCUGGGAAACACCACCUCAUCUACACCACCCUCUGAAGACAUCGCUGCGGAGCACAGUGAGCCUUUCGGGAGAGGGAACACCUUUGACACUGUAGAAACAGCCGGCCGUCAUGGGAGACUGCUUUCGCUUGAGUCACUCUGUAUCUAGCAGACACUUUGUAAUGGGUGUGGGACCCGAGGCUGCUUUCCAGGUAAGUCCAACCUAAGUCUAAGUCACAAAGGCAAAUGUCUGAAUUACAAUAGAAUUUAGAAGGUGAACUAGGACUGAACCUUCCAACACUACUGUAUCCAACGGAAUAUUUGACACCUCCCUAUGGAAAAGAAGUAUUUCUAGUGACGUUACGGCUCAGGGAGACAAGUAUAUGUUGUUGUUGGUACUGUGAAAGUACUCAUGAAAUGACAAAAAUAAUCUUGUAAGCAAGGAUAACAAGUUAUUUAUUUAUUUUCCAUUUCUCUAGGCUGAUACUCUGGCCAUCUAGAGGAUUUGGAAAUUAAGAUUGGUUAGCUGGUUUUUAAAAUCACUCACUAAAUUUCCUUCUAACAUAACCAUUUUGUGCAGAUCAGUUGUUUAACAGAGUUUCUUUAGGAUUUAACAGUGUAAAGGAAAAGCAAUUGGUAUUAGAAGGUAGUUUCACUUCCUCCUUUGCCGCCUUCCACCUGAAAUUUACUUGUAUUCAUACUUUCCAGGGACUCACCUCUGCUUCAUUUAGCUUUUUGUGUUUAUAGUUCCUUUUAUUUAAAAAAAAAGAAACAUAAUCACCCCAGUUACUUAAUUAGCAAUACACAAAUUUCAAGGUACUCUCAACUCUGUGUGGUUUUCAAAAGUUAUGGUAAAAUUUCUAGAGUCUGUUAAUAAAAAAGCAGUUUAACAAUAUGGGUAAACAUAUUUUUUAAAUCUAUAAGAAGUAACACCAAUAUUUAACUUCAGAUUCAAUACCUAUUUUCUCUACUAUACCUCAGACUUACUAUGUACAUAGAGAAGACAUAUUAAACAAAAUUGGAAGGAAAUACAAAGUUAUGCAGAUGUGAGAUGAAGCUAGAAAACAGAUUCCCAAGGAUUUUGUUUAGAACUGCCUAUUUCAAUUUUACUACUCAUUUUUGCUGGUAAUCUUUAUAGUACUUGACUUUGGGAAAUUAUCUAUAUUUAAGCUAUUGUGCCAUCAUCUUGAAUUUAACCAUUACAAAAACUUGAUGUUUAAAACUCUUGUAAAUAAUCCAUAAUCGUGUGUAAUAUUAUCAUCUUUGAAGUAAAGUUGACCAGCCAAACUCAUAUAGUCUGCACAACUUUGUACCUUUUUUUAUAAUAAUGAAAAUUACUAUGAAGAAAUACUGAACAAAUUUUAUAUUUAUGUGCAAUAUUUUAUAGACCUAUGUAUCUAAAGCAUGUUUACACUGGCAUUAGUUAUUUUUAAAUUAAUAUUCUGAAUAUUAAGUAUAAUAGAACAAGCAGCCCUAAAUCCUUAAGUUUAUAAAACCAUUGGAAAAUUCGUAUCCCGGUUUCACCAAACACACUUUAUUUGAAAGAAGAGCCAAACUCACAGACACUAAAUUUGCUGUGACGCCUUAACCUGGAGACAAGCCAUUUGGCUAUAGCUGCAGCAUUUCCUUGGAGACCAAAUGAAAGGCACAUGGAAGAAUACGCUAAUGCAGUUCAUAUUCUUCCUGCUUGUGAAUUAGACCCUGUCAUGGUAGCGGUUUCAAGUCUGGCAGGAACGAAGUCUGGCUCACAGUGUGUGAGGUUGACUGUGGGUGAGAACCGCACGUGCCUCAAGCUCUUUGAGGUUCCCACCCCAGCCUCCGGCCUGAAGUGUUAGUUAUCUAGCCAGAACUGGUUAUACAGGGAGCUGGCCAUCGACACAUAUGAUUGGAGGGAUUUCAGACAGGACUGUCUAUCCAUAAAUAAUGCCCUAACUCCUGUCAUAGUGCCUAGCUUUUAGGCAGUAGAAAUUAGUGCCUUGGGAGUUUUGGUCCUAAGGGGUGUCUGAGAAAACACACCCAUUGCCUUUUAAGCUAACAGUUCCAGGGAAGGUACUCGGAACUCUUAGAGCUAGCUAGAUAAAUGUAGGACCCUGCGAGACCACAUAUACAGACACAUGGGGAAAAUAGGGGCCCCCAAGAGAAGACCAGGACCCAGAACAGAGCAAGGUAUGAGGACCUCAGAGACAAACUCUGCCUUCCACACAGUCACAGCCAAGGGUAGUCCCUUCUCAAGGGAUGAGCACUGCUACCUACAGACAUCUCCAAGAGGGUCAUCACACACACACGAGCCCCCUCAGCCACUUAGACUGUGGAAGCAAAUGGAGGGAGGGGGACACUGAGGUCAGGUGAACCGUGCCGUUGUCAGUUCCUGAGCAUGCCCUGCACAUGCAGGAUCCUCUAACCACGCACAGGGGUGUCUGCUUCUCAUCAUGGUAUUGCUGAUUGCUUCUGUAACUCAUAAUAUGUCAUGCUUUUCUUAGAGUCUCUCUCUAUGUUACAUACACCUUUUAAAGUUCUUGAAGCUGGUUUUUAGGACAUGGAAAGUGGGCAUAUUAAGUUUUAUAAACUUGGAGAUUUUUACACAGUAAAUACACAACAAGGACUAGUUGGCACAGAAACCCUAUUCAACUCAACUCUUCUUUUUGUUGUUUUAUCUAAACACAUUUGUAGCUAUCUUGUGAAGAUUUUCAUGUACCUAUUUACCUUGUCACUAAUAAAAUUAAAAGUUAAAGACA